AUGAGCCCUCCUCUAUCUUGGGCUUAUCUCAUGGCGCUCUUGCUGCUCUUUGUCUCACUGCAGCAAGCCCUUGCUGCCCCUUCUACAUAUUGCAAACCAGUUCCUUCGUCAACAAACUGGCCUGCACAGUCCGCAUGGCAAGAACUGAAUAAAACGGUGUCUGGCAAGCUUUUUGCGGACGUCCCUCCUGGAUCUGUCUGUCAUCCGGAAAAUACAUUGUUCAACAACGCCACAUGUGCUUUUGUGCUUUCCCAAUGGACGGACUCGAACUUUCAUGCUAACAAUCCCAUCUCCGUUGACUACAAUGACGAUGGAUGUCUGCCGUCACCUCUGGCACCUUGCUCAGCAGCUGCUUACCCGUCAUAUGUUGUACACGCCACCAACGCCUCUGAUGUACAGGCAGCGGUGAAAUUUGCCUCAAACACAGGCGUGCGAUUGAUAGUCAAAGGAACUGGUCAUGAUCUCCUGUCCAGGUCCUCUGGUGGACAGUCCUUGUCCAUCUGGACCCACAAAAUCGUGGGUAUCUCAGUGAACACUAGUGACACCCGAGCUCUACCUUAUGGUGGAGUUGGCUCUGUCAAGAUUGCCGCUGGAUCCAGGAUGUUUGAAGUUUACCAAGCAGUAGCAAAACAUAACCUUACAGUUAUUGCAGGCGGUGACAUGUCGGUUGGUAUCGGUGGAUGGGUCCUUGGAGGUGGCCAUUCCCCAAUAAGCUCUACAUAUGGACUCGGAGCCGAUCAAGUUCUUGAAAUGGAAGUGGUCACUCCGGACGGCAAGUUCCUCACCGUCAAUGAAAAUUCACAUCCCGAUUUGUUCUGGGCUAUGCGAGGGGGAGGAGGCUCGACUUUCGGUGUUCUCAUCAGCGUAACCAUGAAGGUAUAUCCGACACUUCCUGGCAGCCUUACGAUAUUUUGGUUCAACACAACCAGCAACAGCGACACUUUUUGGUCGAUUUCUACAUAUUUCACAUCGCAAGUGCCUAAAUUAUCCGACAAAGGAGCCAACGGCUAUCACUAUUUCGUGCCAUAUUAUGCUUCAAAUCCUCCCAAUCAAGCCGGCAUGAUUUUCGGUGGAUACUUCUUCCCAAACAAAACACCAGCACAGGCAACCACUGUCAUGGACCCGGUCAUCACCAAGAUCAACACUACAAAUUGGAGUGACGAGGUCUUUGUUUCAAAUUACACCAUCCCAAUCUCGGAUUUCACCAAAUUCUGGAUGACUAACCAGCCUGAGGCUGUUGGACCAUCAGAACGUUUGGGUUCACGCCUUCUGACCCGUGGCGCUCUUACUGGCAACCAAACAUCACUGAAUAAUGCUCUACGCGUGGCCUCAAACGGCACCUGGACACUGCUUAACCAUCUCGUUGCCGGCCAAGGUGUUCGAAAUGCUAAAAUCCCAGGUGGAAACAACUCAGUAUGUCCCGCGUGGCGAAACAAUACCUAUAUUCAUUUCGUUACGUACCGAAAUUGGACGCCCUUGAACCAGACUCAAAAGACCUCUGUAACGAACGAACUACGCAACAGCGCCAUCGAAGCUCUGCGCGUCCUCGAUCCGUAUACCGGUGCAUAUGUCAACGAAGCUGACCCAACCGAGCCCAAUUGGCAAACCACCUUCUGGGGCUCCAACUACCCGCGACUCUUGGCUCUAAAGAAGCAAUACGAUCCCAAGGGCAUAUUCUGGUAUGGAGAAUACCCGGACGAAAUCGCUAUGAGGAACUUCAAAUCAAACGAUCCAAAUAUUCAUGUUACCAUACGAGACCAGCUUCUGGCUGGUGGAAAUUCUCGCUCAGUGGGAUCAGGCGACACAGGGCUGUCUUUCUCAGAACAUCCAGCUCGAAGAGCCGAUCAAGAUGAUGAAGAUUCUCUGGAGACAAUUCUUACAGCCACUGGCCGGCUCUGCCUCGAUGACGGGGGUGGAUGGGGCUACCACGGUCACUCAUCAGGUCCUGUCUUUCUCCAAGGCCUUGGAGAGCGUUUUGUUGAACAAGGUGCCACAGACGCUGAAGAUGGUGCGGUGUUCACUCCCCUCCAGAGCGUUCCGUGGUCUCCCAAAAGUCCUUCUCCACCUCUUGAACCAGGAAUCGCUCUACUGCCGCCGAAGGGAACGGCACAAAAACUUGUCGAUUGCGCUCUUGGUCAUGGGUGUGCGGUCCUUUCGUUCAUCCACCGACCCACAUUCAGUCAACUGUUUGACUGGAUGUACGAGACAGAACCCGAGAACUACGGCAUCCAAGACGCGAGGCCUCGUGCGCUGGUGUACUCAGUGCUGGCUUUAGGUUGGCUCUUUCUGAGAAGCAAAUCUGUUGAUUUGAAUUCUACAAUUGCAAUUCAUGAAGGAACACAAUAUUUGGCGGCCGCCAGGGGUCUUAUUGACAUCUCUGACUGUCGCGAGCUCAACUCUCUUCAAGCACUGUUGUGCGUGAUAUAUUUCUUACACUGUUCAGGAAAGAUGUCUGCGUGUCAUUCAUACAUCGCUGCGGCGGUAGCAGCGUCUCUACAAAUAGGCCUCCACCGGUCUUUACCAAGCGUUCUCGAUCCAGUCGAGCAGGAAACUCGUAAACGUGUCUUCUGGGCUGUGCGAAACAUGGAGACAUACAUCUGUGCGAUUCUAGGCUUGCCGCCGGCGAUCAACGAAGAAGACAUCGACCAAGAGAUGCCUCAAGAAGUCGACGACAUGUGCAUAGCUCCGCAUGGAAUCAUGGUGUGCCAGGUCCAGCAACUGCCGGCAAUAACAGCUGUAAAUGCACAUACUAGGCUGGUUCAGAUUUUGGCUAAGAUCUUGAGAUAUGUAUACCCUGUGCGUCAUGGGAGUGUUGGCUUAGCCAACGGUGCCAACCGACCCGGUGAAUACCGAGUGAGCUACCGAAGAGUGUGUGAGGUUGAGUACGAACUAAAACUGUGGUGGGUAAACCUACCAUGGGAGCUCUCCAACGACAACGACAGAAUUCUGAAGCCUCUCAGGAUUCAAAGAGAGCUUCUGUACAUCGCCUACGCACACGCGCGACUAAUUCUCUACCGGCCCUUUUUGCUGAGCUUCUCUCACCAUGCAAUGAGAAAUCAGUCGGAUGCACGAGCCUAUACCUAUGCAAUGGCAUGCUUAUAUGCCAGUCACGACGUGAUCAUUGGUAUGAAGAACAUGAAGAAAGCGGAUAUGCUUAAUGGCCCCUACUGGUUUACAAUCUAUUCUACGUUCUUCGCCGUUAUCUCGUUGAUCUCCUAUGCCUGGGAACGGGCCCGAGACGAAGGCGUUUCUGGGGUUCUCAGAGAUGCCGAAAUUGGUCGAGAUAUUCUAUCCGAGUUGGGCCAACGAAGCAUAGCGGCUGCAAGAUGCAGCAAAGCGCUGGAGGUGCUAUUUGAGCUCCUUGGUAAGAAACUAUGCGAGAACGGAGAAGACAGAGGAAGAACGAGUGAAGCUGCAAAGCCGGUGACCAUGUAUACAGGCCCAGAAGGAGCGACAGAGAACGCUGUCCACGACUAUCCUCCAAGACCAGAGUUUACAGGCUUCACCGGUACGGGCCAACUAAAAUCAGGAUAUCGCCCAGGAGCUCUUAGGGACGAGGAAUGCGCAUCAAGCUCAAAUUUUUAUCCAUACGACGCUGGCGCAACUACUCCUGGAAGAAGUUUCAUGCCAGCAAGAGACUUCAGCUUUGAGGCCGCUCAGCUACCCCCACCCUCUUACAUGGACUCUCCCAUGCCCACUGCUCCUCGAAGCAGCUUUGCACACCCUGCGAAUUGGAAUCUCCAAACGCCCUACUCUACUCAGGAACAGAAACAGCCAUUUUUUCCCGACUCCACUGCUGCGUUUCUGGUAGAUGAGAGCGCAGUCGCAGAGGAAGUUGAUUUCACGAUCGGUUCCGGCCCCUCUCUUAAUCCGGCCACUUGGCCGGCGUUCGACAUCAGUAGAGUCGAAAAUAGUGGCUGGGGGGAGGUUUCCUUGGACAACUUUCCUGGGCAGCCCUCCGCAGAGCCGUUCACAGGGCAAAUCGGACAAAAGUCAACGAUGCGAGAUAUUAACGUUGCUGAGGAGCAGGGUUUCGGCGAAGCCGGGGCACCAUGGCAGAGGAGAUGUCAAUUUGAGGGAGACGUUCAGGUUAAUAAAAUGGACACCGGUUUCCGUUGCUGUGAGUGA